AUGGCAACACGAAACACCGCGGAUACUGUAUUUCAACCACGACGUAAAGCAGCCCUUGUAAUUGGGAUUGGUAGAAGUGAACAUUGUGGAGAAUUACAGUGCCCAGAAAAUGACGCAAAUGAUAUAUCAUCUACUCUGGAGAGUAUUGAUUUCAUUGUUACAAAGAAACUAAAUCUUAAACGAGCUGAAAUGAGACAUGCUAUUAUUGAUUUCGAAGAAUCAAUAGAAGCUGGUGAUAUGGUUCUAUUCUAUUUUUCUGGACAUGGCGUACAAUGGGAAGUAUGUAUUAACGUAUUACCAUUAGAAGUUAAUGUGAUUUUCUAUGAGCGUUAUAUUUCUGGUAAUUUUUAGGAUCAAAAUUAUUUGAUACCAGGAGACACUUCCACAUUGUAUGGUGCAGAUAUAAACAGAAAUGCGAUUAAUGCACAAGAUAUUCUCAGCUGUUUCUUGAAUCAAAAACCAUAUGUUACAAUAUUCUUAUUGGAAUGUUGUAGACAUUAUCACUUACGUAAUCCUUCCAUUGAUGCACGUGCUCCAGUCACAAGCGAUCCAAAAUCAGCCGGUCUCAAGGCCAUGGAAAGGAUUGGUGGUGCAUUGAUUGCAUUUGCUUGCGCGCCGGGAACUAUAGCCAUAGAUGGAAAGGAGCAGAGAAAUGGAUUAUUCACAAAGCAUCUUUUAAAGCAUAUUCCAACUCCGAAUGAAGAUAUCCUCACAAUGUUGCGUAAUGUUACCAAAGGAGUAGUAGAAGAGUCAAAGCACAGGCAAAUCCCUUAUCUAAGUGCUUCUCUAUCAGAGAAUAAUAUAUAUUUAUGUUAUCAACAGCAAAAUCAAACUGGUAAGACAAGUAAAUAUGUCAGUAAAUUCUAUCUUGUUUACAGUGAAUCAAAAUAAGAACAUAAUAAUUUUACGAGUGAAAUAUAUUUCUUUCUCAACGCUUAGAAAAUGCCUAAUGAGAGAUUAUUAACAUCACGGUGUUCUUCAGUGGAAAUAAAGUAAAAUGUAAUAGAUAGUAUAAUCAAAGUCAACAGAGAACUCAAGUUCAUUUUAGACCCCAGCCUGAAAAUGCUUACAUUUGUUUGCUAGCCAUAUCUAACUUUUUUUGUUCAUGAGGGAAACUAUCAACGCAGGUCGAUGAUUACGACGACCGCAUACAGCGGCGUAAACAGCCGAAAGCGCGGGAAUUACGACUGUAAACGACCCGUUUUUCACCCUUUUGGUAGCGACAGUAUUACGAUCGUAUCACGCCGUGUCAUAUACAGUGAAAUACAGCCGUCGAAUACGCCAAGAUCUGCACUGUAAUACGACCGUGUUUGAGUGGAUACGAUCCGACACGCUGACGUUUCUGGCCGUACAUCGCCGCGAACCGUCAUGAUUAGAUAACUUAAAACAAUCACAUGCAUUGAAAAAACGCCUUUAAAGGCUUUUAAAAGGUCUUCUUUCGCAAGAACUCUGAUUUCUUCGUAGAAAUCAUCUAAAACAAAGCGGUGAGCUACCAAAAGGCUUUCCAGUGCCUUUUUCUAUACGAAUCCAUUCAUUGGGAUCAAGAAAUUACGUUAUUUACAAAGUUCGAAAUAAAGGCGUUUAAAGACCUUUAAAGGCAUUUUUACACAAGAAUGCUUUUUUUGGAAACGAACAGCUUAAAACUAUCUGGUAACUGAAUGAGAGACCUUAUCAGUUCUUAUUCCAAUAGAAUGCAAUGAUUUUGGUUGUAAAUAAGCUAUUUUCAGAGUUUUCCUAAAAGAAGCUCUUGGAAGUUUUUUUCAGAAUUUUUAUGAAAUUUGGUGAUUUAAAAUAUUUCAGUCAGUCCAUCUGAUUGGGAUGGUAGAAGAGCUAGGCAUGCACUCUGCCGUUAUACAUUCCAUGUGGGGAGACAGUUUACCAGAAAUCCCAUUAAAGGCCUUCUCCAGGAUUUUUAUAAAAUCUGGAGAUUCACAUUAUGCCAGUCGGUCUGUCUGUUUGGUAUGGUAGGAGAGCUUGGUAUCUUCUCGGUCGUUACACAUCCGCUGGGGUGGGGGGGUUGGAGAAGGUCGUAAGAAAUCCUCUCAAACUCCUCUUUUUGGUACUUGUUUGUCAUGAUUUGGAUGAAGGGAAGUUGUUUGAAGGUUGCUGAUAUCGAGUGCACUAUGAAAAUUCAAAAUUAGUUCAAGGUACUUCUCACGGGUUGUCUCGCACAGAUGAUCGUAGUAGAUGGUAUCGCAUGUCAUAUGUUUGUUACAAAUGAAAUAGUGUAGGUUGUUUUCGUAUUGUGAUUCGUAUAAGUACGAAAAAUAGUUUUGACCUCCGAUAUUAGCUUUAGGGUUUUCGCUUUUCUGUGAACAGGUUCGUGAAACUCAUGUAUCUCACUAAUUAGAUAGACAGUACUAACAAGUUUGAAAAGAAGGGUGGGUGUGGGUGGGUGUGUGGGUGUGGGGUAGUGGGUGUGUGGGUGUGGGUGGGGUGUGGGUGUGGAUGCGGAAGACAAGGAUGAAACACACCCACACCCACACCCAUACCCGCACCCACACUCACACCCACACCCCACAUCCACCCACACCCACACCCACACCCCACAUCCACCCACACCCACACCC